AUGGCUCCGAAAGGAUAUCUCGAUGUUCAUUGCCAUUUUUUCCCAGGAAUAUCGAAUGAUCUGGCAUUACAGUUGGUACAACAACUGCGAGCGGCACAUUUUCUCGUAGAGGAUGCCUCGCAGUUGCAAUGGUCACCGGAGUGCAUCUUAGAAUAUAAUGAUCACGCGGGCGUGGCAAUGGCACUACUCAGCUACGUUGCUAGCAGUCACGAGAAGCUACGUGAAGGCAACGAUUACGCCCACAAGAUCGUUCAGCGCUAUCCGACUCGAUUCGGUCACCUUCUUGCUUUACCCACCGACGACACAGAGGCAUGUCUCCGAGAGAUUGAGCACGGAGAUAAUUACGAUGAGCCCAGGCCAGAUGGGUAUGCGGUGAAUACUCAGUACUGUGGGGUGCCACUCUCGGACGAUCGAUUGGCCCCGGUCUUUGAACGCCUGAACGCCCGAGGUGCUAUACUUCACGUCCAUCCCAAUGCAUACCUACCUGGGGAGUACGGUAAACCUUCGGCUUUAAUCGAUGUGGCUUUUGAUACUUGCCGAGUUGCCACUGAUAUGCUGUACAAAGGGGUGUUUCGAAGGUAUCGCAACAUCAAAUUCAUCUUUGCACAUUGCGGUGGUGCAUUGCCUGUCCUAUCGGGUCGCUUGAGUCUCCUGGGCGCCGAACCUUGGGUCCCCAAUCCAGAGAAGCUAGCAAAACACGACAUUGAAUCGCAAUUGUCCAAUCUCUACGUGGACACUGCAGCGACAGCAAAGACUGGACUACGACCGGCGGCGAAGAUGGUGGGAUGGGAUCAUUGCAUCUACGGCGCCGACUGUGGAGUUCCGUGUUCGUCGUGGAAAACCAUGGACGAGAACCUCGAAGAUGUCGCGGCAGUGGAAGCAGAAGCUCAUGUUAAGCAGUGGACGGUACGAGAUAACUCAUGGAAAUUGUUCCCAGCAGCCGCAAAGCGAGCCGAACAGUCUUUAGGCGCAGAAGAUGAGCAAAGCACGUCCUUAUGUUAA